AGGCGUGUCAGUGGUAUUAGAAAAAGAACGCUAAAAGAACACAGACAUAAUGACAUAUCGUAAAUGCACAGCAUGUAGUUUUCCAAUAGCAUAGUACAGUUUAUUGUCCUGAGAUGGGGAGCUUCUUUUUUUUUUUCGGAAAUUGGCCACACUCGACCACUGUGGUCACGAUUGACAAGGAAUGGAGUGAUGCUUUUGUUCGAGUAAACACGGUGGUGAAACGUUGCAGUUGCGUGGACACCUGCGUGAAGCUACACGAGAGCGAGUACGCGGACAUCUUCGUCGCGUCCACGGAGCGCGGCGACACCAUGGUGUUCAAGGUAUUCGACUGUGCGCGCAUCGGGAAAUACAUGCGGUGCCUUAUCAACGAGGUCCGGAUUGGCUGGUUCCUCACAAAGUUGGCUGAAGGGCUAGAAAAUCAAACAAGAGGCUUCCCUCAGCUCCAUUUGACAUGUUGCGUUUGGGACAGCUAUCCCGUGCUGCUGGAAAGUGCAUGCACCAGCUACCUGAAGAGGAGAGGGUCGGCAGAUUUCAGAGAGUAUGGACGAAAGCUGUACUCACCCUACGCCCUCAUCUGCAUGGAAAACGCUGGUGAACCGCUCUCCAAAAUUACGCUCGGGCAUUUCAGCAACGCCCUGCAGCUUCGAUCCGUGGUCCAGCAGGUGGCGGUAGCCUUAGCGGUUGCUGAGGCAGAACUGGAGUUUGAGCUCCGGGCCCUGACUCCUGGGCACGUGCUGGUGAAGCCUGCAGGCCGUCGCGUAGCGCACUACCGCUUCAUGAACAGCGUCUUGUUCGUCGAGUUGCACGGAUGGGAAGCGUGCGUCGUGGAUUUUGCUGCAUCCAGGCUUUGCCCGGGCGGAGGAGAGAUGCCCUUCUACGUUGGCCUGCACGAACUCCCUGACGACAAGAGGAAGGCUGUGGGCGACAGGCUCGCUCUCAUCGACAAAGUUAUCAGGCCCGACGCAUCCCGCUUCGAGCCUUACACCAACAUCAUCUUCCUCCACGACCUGGUUCAUGGACUACUGGAAAAGCACAAGCAGAUUUUCGCGUACGGCAUGUCUUCCUGGACAAGCGCCGAGUGGGAAGCUUGGAAGGACCUCUUGCGGUGGUCGGAGGAGAUUCCGGUUUUCAUCAGCGCAGGAGCUUUUGUAAUCGCCCGCAUUGUGCCCAGCAAUGUGCUCGCCGAGUCUACUCAUAUGACCGAAGAAACGUAGAGCCAUUCCAGCCGUUGACUUCCGCGAGGGCUAAACUCUUCUGUUGAUAUUCAGAGAGUUGACGCUAACUAAAGUGGAAUGAAACUAGUUUAUUGUGUAAAAUACCGUUGUUUCGUAAGAGACUUUCUUUAUUUGGCAAGAUUGCUGUGUGGGCGGAGGAGAGGGUUGCCGGUCACGUGAUCGUCGAUAUUGAUGUGAAGAAUGCGCUUUUCACGGCGGCAGGAUGAAAAUUCAUCGCCGACUCGUGAACAGAUUCUAGGUAUCGUCUAAUAGAAUAUUUUGUUUACGAGAUAUUCUGGCAAAGGCGUGAUUAUGACGAUUAUGGUGAUUUUUCCAAAGACUAGAGCAGCAAAAUUGGACCCUCAACAGCUAUAGCAGUGGAAUGAACCCCUGCCGUGACCUGAUACACACAAGAAUUACCGCAUAAUGUACCACUUCGCUUCCUGUGUACAUUUCUUUUUCGUUUAGCUCCUCAUUGUCGCUCUUUAAAGUAGCAGGCUAAAAACUCGCACUUCCUAUGGCCGCCUCACAGAUUAACAUAACCAUACAGCGUAAAGGUAAUCCUCAAGGAAGCAAUAAAUAAAAUUGAGCAUGA